AUGCCACCGCCAUCACUAACAACAGAAAUAACACCAUCAACAACAACAGAAGCACCACCAGUGUCAUUAUCUCCACCAUCACAACCAGAAUUUUCGUUAACUACAUUGGAAUAUUUUCCAACAACACCUUCGACAAAGUCACUAUCGACAGCUUCAUCAAUUGUAUCAAAUAGUACUAGCAACAUUCCUGUAAGUGCAACAAGUAUAAUUGCCUCAAGUUUAGCAUCAAGUUCUGGUACAAUGAAUUACUGCAUUCAAUUUCGUAAUUGGAUUGGAGGUGUACUUGGCAUUAUUCAAAAUAUUCAGAUUCUUACAACUCCUUACAUUAAUAUUCUUGGAUCAUCGGGUAUAAUUGCUUUAGUUAUAAACUCUUUAACUACUCUAGUAUCAGGAUAUGGACUUAUUGUUAUUUGCUGUUCGGAAUCUCCACGAUCCUUGAAAAUCCUUUCUGGACUUUUUAUUUUUAUUGUGAUCCUUCACUUUCUAUAUGGCAUCUAUUUGAUUAUAAUUACUGCUGUAAAUGAUGUUUUAAGUUAUUUUGUGUCCUUUAUAAUCCUUCAUUUUGUUGGAGCUUUUCUCGGGUUUUACUUCGCCAGAGUUGUUAGUGAUUAUGCUAAGAUUGUUCGUCAUGAGAAAGGCGACAUUUCAUCACCUAGAAGAAUUGAAGGAUCUAAUGUGACCAAUAAUCAA